CACGCGAGCGCGCCGUUCGUCAGUUUCGAGAGAACCGUGUUCGUUACAAGUUGCGUGCUUACGAACGCUCGUUUGCUUGCGUCGCGUUGCUACCUCAUAUUAAGUUCUUUUUUUUUGUUUUCCAUUCCCCCUGAAUGAAUGUUUUAGUUCCAAAAGUGUUCCCUGCGUCGAGUGAUUAUUGCAACAUUCCCCCUUUCUGAUAUAGUGAGCUGUGCCUGCCAGGCUGAAUGUGAAACAUAAAAACCUUCGGAAUCGAUAGCCCGGUGGUUUCGAAUCGAACACGACUGUGUCCACAGUGGAAACAAGGUUAAAUUUAAGCUUUGAACAACGAGCAACGCGUCAUGAAUUACGGUCGGAAGACUCCGUCGACCUACAGGUCGACUCCGUCGGUCUACUCGCACAUCACGAGUAGAUCACAAUCGAAUCUGCACUCGCAGCGAUCGCGAUCGAUGAAAUCGAUCCGGAUACCGUGGUAUCAGAAGCCGAUUCUGCACAAUAACAAAUACAUGGACAUCCAGCGGGGUGCGAUAAUUACUGGCACUUUUUCGAUCUUCAUAGCACUGUUCACGAUUAUCACUUCCGUCUUCGACAUAUACUGUCUGGUAAUGGCUGCUCCCGGAUCCACACACUACGGAUACUACGUCAUUUCGUAUGAAUUUGUGUACGUAGGCAACAAACACGUGCGAAAUGCCCUAAUGAUCGCGGCACUAUUCUCCUUAAUCUGUGCGCUCGUAAUCCUUAUAACCAGCAUAAUGUUGGUUCACGCGCUGCGCAAGGAACACGAGAAUCGAAUUGUGCCCUGGCUGUGGACAUUCGCCAUCUUCACGAUAUUCAGAUUUUUGGCUCUGCUGCUAUUUUCGAUCGUCAACGAUCUCAUCUUCGCGUAUAACAUUCUAAUCACCCUCAUCUGGAUCGUAAUUGUGAUUGCAUCCAUCUAUGGGUGGUUGCUGGUGUACUCGCUCUACCUGGAACUAGCCGACCUGACGAAGCUGGAGGAUCUCGCUCAUCUCCGGAUGGGUACGAUGCAGUCGCUCAACGCUUCGGUGGCGCACUCGCUAGCCGGGUCACGUCCCACGACACCACACAGCACGGUAUCCACUAUGCCGGUGGGAGGAAUAGUCUAGGCAUCCGCCGACAAUCUGCUGAGGCCAGAAUCUCAAUCACAACAAAUCAAAUAACGUUAAGUGAUGACGAAACCGUUGAACCAUACGGAACAUAGCUGUUAAGUCCGUCCGUCCGAGUUUUUAAUUUUUAAGCCACUAGCGCAAACAGAGCACACACACCUUUAAACGCGAAAGUACUAACGAAUGUCAGUGAACAUAUUUAACGAACCGUAAAUGUGCCUUUUUGGAUAAAAUAAAAACUAGAAUCGUGUUAGGUUUAAUCCGUUUUAGCCUCGUAUGUUUUCAGACGAAGAGACGAAGAGGUGUUUUCCUUAGAUAUAGCGUAGUUGUUAAGAAGAAACAUAAAAAAUAUUAAAAGAAAAA